CCUUAUUAGAAUGUAACUCAAACAUCUUUUGAUUAGCAUAAGAUAUUAUCAUUAUAUUCCGUAUCUUAUCAAAUUAUUGAAUAUCUUUCGACUUUUUUUUACUUAAUAUUUUAAAAAGAUAUCAAAAACAUUAUGACUGAUCACCACCAUCGCAAGGAGGAAGCGCAAAAAGACCCAAAGAAGGAAUUGAAGCACCAUAAACACCUUCAACAUUUUGGAAAAGCUACGGUUGUCGCUGCUGGUACUUAUGCUCUGCAUGAGAAGAAACAGGCCAAAAAAGACCCCGAGAACGCUCACAAACACAAGGUGAAAGAAGGGGUAGCAGCUGCAGUUGCAGUUGGUGCUGCUGGUUUCGUAUUCCAUGAACAUCACAAGAAGAAAGAAGCCAAACAGGAGCUCAAGCAGCAAAAGAAGCAUCAUCACCAUCACUAAUAUAAAAAAUAGAACAAUAAAAUAACGUAGCCUCGUCUUUAAUUCUUUUUCCUGGUUCAUCAUAUUCUACAAUUUAGUUUAUAGUUUAAUUCGUUAUGGCAUCGGUUGUUUCUUUGUAAUAUAUAUAUAUAUGGACAUAUUAGAUUGAUUA